AAUCAUUUGUCUAUGAUUUCAGCCACUUACAAAUUUUUAAAAACGAAAAUUUAAUUGUUUUGCGACAUCUUGUAGUGAUUGUCUUACUCACUUACGAUGGCUGCUAAUUUGACAAGAGAAGAAGAACAGCGUGUGAAGCUGUUCACGGAUGAGGUGAACCUACACAGACAUCGCCUCCAGCAGGGGGCAAUAGCAUGGAAAUAUGCUGUGAAGUUUCUCAUGGCAAGGAAGUUUGAUGUAAAACGUGCUAUUGAGUUAUACCUUGCACAUCAGGAUAUAAGGAAUAUCGAGGGAGUUGACCUCAUUGAUGACAAUGACGCAGCCUUCCAACAGGAACUUGCCUCUCAGAAACUCACAAUACUGCCGAGUCGUGAUAGUAGGGGAGCAUGCAUUGCCUUACUGACUGCCCGCCUACACAAUCCCGCUCAGACAAAGCACCAGCUGGUCAUGAAGAGCCUUAUUCUGCAGUUAGACACUGCACUAGAAAGCUACACCACACAGCGCAAUGGGAUGGUUUUCAUAUAUGACAUGACUGAGUCUAAAUACAGUAACUUUGACUAUGAUCUCAGUAUCAAAAUCCUCAAUGUUUUGAAGGAGCGUUACCCAGCCAGGCUAAAGAAAGUACUCAUUGUCACUGCACCAUUGUGGUUCAAAGCUCCUUUCAAGAUACUCAGACUCUUUGUCAGAGAAAAACUACGGGACAGAGUUCAUACAGUGAACAUCAAGACUUUAUCAGCUCAUAUCUCCAGGGACUCGUUGCCCAGGCAACUUGGGGGCACCCUUGAGGUGCAUCAUGGCCAGUGGCUUAGGUGCUGCAUGGCAACAAGCUCUAGUCAAAACACAGACAUUCGCAAUGAUAUAGACAAUUAUUUUCACACUUAUAUAGAGCCACCAUCUUUGACACCAGAUGGGAGUAGUAGUGGAUCACAAAUACACGACACAAAUUUAGUUAUCAGUGACAUGGAAUCGGAGACCUCCAAAGAGACAGUCAGUGAAAAACAUAGCGAUGAAGAUCGAGAGAAAGAGGUUACAGUUGAAAAAGAUAAUGUAAAAUCACCUGGAGCUCCAGAAAAGCCACCGUUAAAACGCCAGAGAUCGCCAGCUUCUGUUCGCUUAGGGGAACAACACAAAAAUGUACCAUCACUACCUUGUAAAAAGAAAUCUCCAGCAGAUAAGGACGACUUUGAAGAGUCUAUACAUCAGCCUGAUGCCAAUGGUCUCACCGUGGAACAGUUAGAGACAUACACUCGUAGGAAGACCCGUAGGGGACUCUGCAAAGAUUAUAUGACAAUCAAAGCUGAGCGUCCAGCAGGAACAUUCAAUAAUGCCAGGUUAAAGAAUAAUAUUGCCAAGAACCGCUACUCCGAUGUGCUGUGUUUGGACCAUUCCAGAGUGCGUGUCACACCAGUAGAUGAAAAUAACACUGAUUACAUCAAUGCUAACUUUGUUGAUGGUUACAAGCAGAAGAAUGCAUAUAUCAGUACACAAGGCCCCAAUCCUAAAACAUUUGCAGAGUUCUGGACCAUGGUUUGGGAGCAACGAGUGCUAGUUGUUGUCAUGACUACCAAGACAAUAGAGCGAGGGCGGCUGAAGUGUGGCCAAUACUGGCCCCUCGAGGAAGAGACGGCAGAGGAAUAUGGCGACUACAUUGUCAUCAACUCAGGCUCUAGACGGGAGGAAAACUACACACUCACCACACUCAUCCUACAGAACUUAAAGACUGGGGAAUCUCAUGACAUCUCACACUUCCAGUACCUCGUUUGGCCAGACUAUGGUGUCCCCCACACAGCUAGUGCAUUCCUUGAGUUCCUGUUUGCAGUACGUAAACAGCAGGCUGAGCGCACCUUGGAGCUUGGGUCCUCCUGGCAGGGACACCCUCUAGGGCCACCCAUGGUGAUACACUGUAGUGCUGGAAUAGGACGCACAGGAACAUUCUGCACAAUGGACAUUUCAAUUAGGAGACUUGCGGACACUGGCCUCACUGAUAUCCCAACUACCGUACGUAAAAUUAGAUCGCAGCGGGCCCACUCCAUACAGAUGCCUGACCAAUACGUCUUCUGCCAUCUUGCCCUUCUAGAGCAUGCCCAGAGUAUUGGACUUGUCCCAGAACUGAACCUUACAGGAUUUGAAGACAGCAGCAGUGAAGACGAUUAAUCUAUGAUAACCAUAUAAGGCAAUGUACAUGUUAUUCCAUUACCAUAAAAGGCAAUGUGCAUGCCAUUCCAUCACUGGGUGGUCCAUGAGAGUACCAUUUUACAUAAUCCUCCUGGACUGAGAUUAUUAGAGAAGAAACUUGUCUACCAUAUAUUUUGAUAGUGAUAUUCAUUUCACCCUGUUUCCUCAUGAAAGAGAGAUUCUAAUGGUAUAUAUGUAAAUGGUAUGGUCCACCCGAACGAUUAUGACAGUUUUAGAUUAAAGAUUCAGCAUUGUCUCAAUUCCAGAAUCCUUUAUGACUACAAAUGCCUAGUACAUGUAGUAGUAGGCUAGAUACGACUGAUUAAAAGUGCUCAUUUAAAACAUUUUGCACCAAUUCUACACAUGAUCCAUUUUGUUAACUACAAGACAUCAACUUUUUGAAUGAAACACAUCUCUGAAGUGUAAAUCUUUGAAAAAGUUUACUGAAUUUAGCACCUAUAAGACAGUGCCUAAAAGGAUCAUUUUGUUGUAUUAAAUGCAUCUGUGGUAAUUGUAAACUGUGAGUUUAUUAUCUGCAAUGUGUACAUGUGGAUUAAGUGUAAUAUCUGAAUCAUAAUUAUAAACACACUCUGUAAUGCCAGUUCACUUAUAUUUUUGCAAUUCCAGAUAUUGAUAAUCAUAUUGAUUUGAAAAUAACUACAAUUUUUUGCUGUCAUUUUCAAUUUGGCCAAUUUUAUUUUAAUUUAAUCCCAUGGUGAUGUGAAAUCAUCCUGAUUUUAAUGGAUAUGUGCUGAAUCAAAGCAUCGUUGCAGUCUUUUUUAUUUUAAUUAUUAAAAAAAAUUCUGUUACUCUACUUAAUUUGGUAAAUUUGACUCUGAAAAUUGGUGAAGAUUUCACAUGGCGAAUAUCCUUUUCACUAGAAUUGUCAUUAUGUUUGAAAAGACACCAUUUACCUCUCCUUGGCAACGUUAGAAUUGACACAAUCUGAUGAAGAAAUUGUUCAAAUUAAAACAUUGAGCAGGAUCACUUAAUGCACCUGCGCAAAACACAUGUGUACAAGACAAAGACAGAUGAAGACAUGAAUUGGUGAAUAUUUGCAAGUCACCAAAUCCGCCAAAUUGAAAUGGGUGCCAAAUAAAGUAUGUGUAACAGUGUGUUAUACAUUACUGGAUAUAUACAGUAUAUAUACCUUCAUCUGGAUUAUAUUUUGUCCUCACAAUAGACUCAAUAAUAAUAUUUAAGUGAAUGUGAUCAGAUAUCAUCCAUGUACUUGAAAUCUGAAUCCAAAAUUAUAUCUAGAUAUAUAUUUCUUUUAAUUUUGUUGUCAGCAAGAAUUGCAAUUCUACAUAGUCGCACAGUUCUAUCCAUUUAAAUGCAUAUUACUUUAUUUGUAUACUGUAGCUGUCUAAUACUGGCAUAAUCCAGUCAAUGAUCUGGUUUCAUAAUUGUUCUGAGAAAGGCUUUGGUAAAGACUCUACUAUAAUUAAUGGAUAAAUGAUAUUCUGUUUCAAUUUUGAGGAGACUCAGAUUUGCUUCAAUAUUCUAAAAGUUGGAAAAUAAAUUCAGAUCACAUUUGAAUUUCAUGGGGCAGAGACAAUCAAAAUGGUAUAAUUAUCCCAUCGACCGAAGUUCGGAGGGAUAUAGGGAAUGCCUCAGUCCAUCCGUCUGUCCGUUCGUCCGUUUUUUCCAAAAUCCUGAGUUUUUUAUAAAUGCGG